AUGGGUGAUUCAAUUGAUUUAUCCGGGGAUGGAGGUGUCCUCAAGACAAUCUUGAGGAAAGCAAAAGCUGAUGCGCUUUGUCCUUCAGAGGAUCUCCCUCUUGUUGAUGUUCAAUACGAGGGUACUCUUGUGGAGACGGGAGAGGUUUUUGAUACGACACAUGAGGAUAAUACUGUGUUCUCAUUUGAACUUGGGAAGGGCUCGGUGAUUCAGGCAUGGGAGAUUGCAGUGAAAACCAUGAAGGUUGGGGAGGUUGCAAAAAUCACUUGCAAACCAGAAUAUGCGUAUGGCAGUGCGGGUUCCCCACCAGAUAUCCCACCUGACGCAACUCUUAUUUUUGAGGUGGAGUUAGUGGACUGCAAACCACGGAAGGGUUCCAGUGUAACCAGUGUUUCAGAAGAGAGGGCUAGGCUAGAGGAGCUGAAGAAGCAAAGGGAGCUCGCUGCUGCAGCUAAAGAGGAAGAGAAGAAGAGGAGAGAAGAAGCUAAAGCUGCUGCUGCUGCUCGCAUGCAGGCCAAGCUGGAAUCGAAGAAGGGUCAAGGGAAGGGAAAGGGGAAAGCAAAAUAG